GGGCCCUGAUUGGCCGGGGGGAUGCGGGGGAUGCGGGCGGCGGGGUUAAGCGCGUCGCCACCGCCCCUGCCUAGGCGAGAGCCCAGAGAGCUGAACCUGCAUCCCGGACCUGCGGCGACCGUCGUACACCAUGGGCCUCCACCUCCGCCCCUACCGUGUGGGGCUGCUCCCGGAUGGCCUCCUGUUCCUCUUGCUGCUGCUAAUGCUGCUCGCGGACCCAGCGCUCCUGGCCGGACGUCACCCCCCAGUGGUGCUGGUCCCUGGUGAUUUGGGUAACCAACUGGAAGCCAAGCUGGACAAGCCGACAGUGGUGCACUACCUCUGCUCCAAGAAGACCGAAAGCUACUUCACAAUCUGGCUGAACCUGGAACUGCUGCUGCCUGUCAUCAUUGACUGCUGGAUUGACAAUAUCAGGCUGGUUUACAACAAAACAUCCAGGGCCACCCAGUUUCCUGAUGGUGUGGAUGUACGUGUCCCUGGCUUUGGGAAGACCUUCUCACUGGAGUUCCUGGACCCCAGCAAAAGCAGCGUGGGUUCCUAUUUCCACACCAUGGUGGAGAGCCUUGUGGGCUGGGGCUACACACGGGGUGAGGAUGUCCGAGGGGCUCCCUAUGACUGGCGCCGAGCCCCAAAUGAAAACGGGCCCUACUUCCUGGCCCUCCGCGAGAUGAUCGAGGAGAUGUACCAGCUGUAUGGGGGCCCCGUGGUGCUGGUUGCCCACAGUAUGGGCAACAUGUACACGCUCUACUUUCUGCAGCGGCAGCCGCAGGCCUGGAAGGACAAGUAUAUCCGGGCCUUCGUGUCACUGGGUGCGCCCUGGGGGGGCGUGGCCAAGACCCUGCGCGUCCUGGCUUCAGGAGACAACAACCGGAUCCCAGUCAUCGGGCCCCUGAAGAUCCGGGAGCAGCAGCGGUCAGCUGUCUCCACCAGCUGGCUGCUGCCCUACAACUACACAUGGUCACCUGAGAAGGUGUUCGUGCAGACACCCACAAUCAACUACACACUGCGGGACUACCGCAAGUUCUUCCAGGACAUCGGCUUUGAAGAUGGCUGGCUCAUGCGGCAGGACACAGAAGGGCUGGUGGAAGCCACGAUGCCACCUGGUGUGCAGCUGCACUGCCUCUAUGGCACUGGCGUCCCCACACCAGACUCCUUCUACUAUGAGAGCUUCCCUGACCGUGACCCUAAAAUCUGCUUUGGUGACGGCGAUGGUACUGUGAACUUGAAGAGUGCCCUGCAGUGCCAGGCCUGGCAGAGCCACCAGGAGCACCAAGUGUUGCUGCAGGAGCUGCCAGGCAGCGAGCACAUCGAGAUGCUGGCCAACGCCACCACCCUGGCCUAUCUGAAACGUGUGCUCCUUGGGCCCUGACUCCUGUGCCACAGGACUCCUGUGGCUCGGCCGUGGACCUGCUGUUGGCCUCUGGGGCUGUCAUGGCCCACGCGUUUUGCAAAGUUUGUGACUGACCAUUCAAGGCCCCGAGUCUUGGACUGUGAAGCAUCUGCCACGGGGAAGUGCUGUUUGUUAUCCUUUCUCUGUGGCAGUGAAGAAGGAAGAAAUGAGAGUCUAGACUCAAGGGACACUGGAUGGCAAGAAUGCUGCUGAUGGUGGAACUGCUGUGACCUCAGGACUGGCUCCACAGGGUGGACUGGCUGGGCCCUGGUCCCAGUCCCUGCCUGGGGCCAUGUGUCCCCCCUACUCCUGUGGGCUUUUCAUACUUGCCUACUGGGCCCUGGCCCCGCAGCCUUCCUAUGAGGGAUGUUACUGGGCUGUGGUCCUAUACUCAGAGGUCCCAGGGAUCGGCUCCUGGCCCCUCGGGUGACCCUUCCCACACACCAGCCACAGAUAGGCCUGCCACUGGUCAUGGGUAGCUAGAGCUGCUGGCUUCCCUGUGGCUUAGCUGGUGGCCAGCCUGACUGGCUUCCUGGGUGAGCCUAGUAGCUCCUGCAGGCAGGGGCAGUUUGUUGCAUUCUUCAUGGUUCCCAGGCCCUGGGACAUUUCACUCCACUCCUACCUCCCUUACCACCAGGAGCAUUCAAGCUCUGGAUUGGGCAGCAGAUGUGCCCCAAGUCCCGCAGGCUGUGUUCCAGGGGCCCUGAUUUCCUCAGAUGUGCUGUUGGCCCCAGGACUGAAGCUGCCUCCCUUCACCCUGGGACUGUGGUUCCAAGGAUGAGAGCAGGGGUUGGAGCCAUGGCCUUCUGGGAACCUAUGGAGAAAGGGAAUCCAAGGAAGCAGCCAAGGCUGCUCGCAGCUUCCCUGAGCCGCACCUCUUGCUAACCCCACCAUCACACUGCCACCCUGCCCUAGGGUCUCACUAGUACCAAGUGGGUCAGCACAGGACUGAGGAUGGGGCUCCUAUCCACCCUGGCCAGCACCCAGCUUAGUGCUGGGACUAGCCCAGAAACUUGAAUGGGACCCUGAGAGAGCCAGGGGUCCCCUGAGGCCCCCCUAGGGGCUUUCUGUCUGCCCCAGGGUGCUCCAUGGAUCUCCCUGUGGCAGCAGGCAUGGAGAGUCAGGGCUGCCUUCAUGGCAGUAGGCUCUAAGUGGGUGACUGGCCACAGGCCGAGAAAAGGGUACAGCCUCUAGGUGGGGUUCCCAAAGACGCCUUCAGGCCGGACUGAGCUGCUCUCCCACAGGGUUUCUGUGCAGCUGGAUUUUCUCUGUUGCAUACAUGCCUGGCAUCUGUCUCCCCUUGUUCUUGAGUGGCCCCACAUGGGGCUCUGAGCAGGCUGUAUCUGGAUUCUGGCAAUAAAAGUACUCUGGAUGCUGUAA